AGAUGGCAAGCAGCAGCUAAUGGGAAGAAUGCUGCCGAGGUGAAACAGGAAAGAUGAUGGAUCAUUUUCUGUCAAGAUCCAGGGGCCCAGGAAUUGAACCAUUUGAACUGCAGGUGCACGGGUUCUGGCUGGUCCAGGACGUGGUGCUGGCGGUUUUGGGGCGUGAUGAGGUGGCCCCUCGCACCUCCCUCUCUCUGGCCCUCUCAGGCGUGACUCUCGACUCUCUGAUGGAGCUGCAGCAGGUGAAGGGCCUCAAACCAGGGGCCGCACUACGCCUUGUGGAGGACCCCUACUCUCCACGUUCUGCUCGUGCUCAUCUGGCAAGGGUGCAGGACCUCCUGAGAGCAGAAGACCUCAUGACUCCCUCAGAGAUGUCUAAAGCGCUCGGCCAGCAACACCAAGACAGACCAGCCCGGCCAGGAGACCCCCCUCCAGAGUACAUCCUACCUGGAGCUACAGAGCUCCCCCCUCUGGCCACUCUGCUGCCCGCAGACCCACACAGCGAGGUUCCGACCUGUCUGUUGGACCUGUCACUCAGCUGUUGGAACCCGCCCCCCGGCCCCAGGAAACUUCAGGGUGACUUCCUGUACAUCAGUGUGCACACGCGGGAGGGGCGGCACUUUGACAUCACCUCCUGUCCCCGUGGCUUCUUCCUUAACAGGUCUACAGCUGAGGUGUUUGACCCUCGCCCCGCCCCCUCCAGUGCUGUCUGCCACUGCCUCUCUGACCUGCUGAGUCAAAUCAGCCCGGAGUUCAAACAGAACCUCACUGCACUGAGAAACAGAAAGCAGCGUUCAUCUGAAGAGGCGUUGGCCUCUCUGUACCGGGUGUUGAGCUGGCUGGGACCUGCCUCUGCUACACACUCCCACAGACAUACCCACAGCAGCCCACUGGCUAUACAGCAACACAUCAGCCCAGAGUGGCGGGGCAGCCGGUACUCUCCUGGCGGGGAGAGAGGCAAGAGGGCUGCCCAGCGUCUGGAGCUCAGGGCUGUUCAGACCUACAGCCAGCUGGAGGGGGAGCUCCAGGGUCUCCACACGCUCCCCACCGCGGUUGUGGACUACCGCGGGGUGCGUCUCUCCGCGCAGGCCCUUGCCCCCGGCCUGCAGGGCUCAGAGGCCGGGGCCCCCCGUGGCCUCCUGUACGGCUACACCGCGGGGCCCAUGGAGAACCCGCACCGCAGGAAGCUGCUGGAGCUCCUGGCUCAGUCGGCCAAGGGCCUAUCCCUGCAGAGGCACGCUGUGGUGGGCCCCGCCGGCCAUCAGGUGCCCCUCUUCACCUCUGUGGAUGCCCAGGGGCUUCUGGGUGCGGACGGGCGCUACUAUGUGCUGGAUGUCUUCCGUACCAUGCCCGCAGAUGCCAACUACCAGCGUGCGGAGGAGGAGAAGAGUGAAGAAGGCAAGGCCGAGGGCAUGGGGCAGGUGGAGGGGGAGGAGGCAGUGGUGAACUCUGACCUUAAGGAGACACCCGGGUUCCCUCACGGACUCUGCCGCCUGCGCCUCGAGCUGGUCAAAGCCUUCAUACAGAACAAAAACACCCAGUUCACACAGCGAGUCAGAGAAAGGAUGGAAGAGAACGGUGGGGUGGAAGAGUGUGUGAAAGACGGUGAUCCACGAGGGGCAGAGGCAGUGAGAGGGGCAUGUAGAGAUGUGGGCUCCAUCAGUGACAUCAUCUUUGAGAUGCGCUUGAACCCCAAUGUUUUCACCCCAGGAGUCGAGUUCCCUAGCUCUGAAACUGCAGUGAUCCAGCACCAGAAGACAUUACUGAGGGAAGCAGGCUCAUUCAUUCUGACACACCAAAUACCAGCACUGUUGGAAGACUGUUUGCACUGCCGAGAGAUGCCCAUAGAUGGCGCCGCUCUCUGCCAUGUCCUGCAUGAAAGAGGAAUCAACCUGCGGUACCUGGGUCAGCUGACCACAGCCAUCAGCCAAUCAGAAGACAAGGAUCGUCUUCGGCACAUAACAAGAUUGGCAUACAGCGAGAUUGUAUUGCGUUCAGCCAAAAGAAUCUUCAACAACUUCUUACAGCCAGUAGAGGUGUCUAGUCUGUCUGCAGCUGUCAGUCAUUUCCUCUGCUGUCUACUGGUGCCUCACCAUAACCCCGCCUCUCCUGGGGAGGAGCCAAAGAAACGUUCCAGGAGACGUGGGCGUGGAGGGGGAGGGGCUUCCGACAGCAUGGCCUGGAGCGUGUUCAGCGGGAACGAGCUGUGGAGCCUGAUUGGUCAGGAUGCCAAAGUGACCUACGGUCUCACAGAAGGACUGGGUACCAGCGCUGACCACCUGGUGGAGCACUAUGGAGUGCAGAAGAUGUCUCUACUGAGGGAGUUUUGUCUAAAGACUGGCAUACAGCUCAGACUGAGAGACUACAUCCUCGACAACCGUAACAAGGCGCCCAUCGGGCCCGACGACGUGUACAACAUCCUACCUGUGGUGAAGCACCUCACCAUGACUACCCAGGAUGCCUCACGGAUGUUCCAUGCGGCCCAGGGUUACCUGCAGAAGGGCCAGUUGGACAGGGCUUAUGAGCAGCUGAAGGAGGCGGCCUAUCUGUUUGGACGUGUGUGUGAUGACCUUCACCCCGAGGCAUGUAGCUGCCUCAGCCUUCUGGCCAAAGCAGCCUACCUACAGGGCCGUCCUGCAGAGGCUCGUAGUGUUCAGCUGAGGGUGGUGGUGAUCAGUGAGAGAGUGCUGGGCUUCGACCACCCCAACACCAUCAAGCAGUAUGUGAGUAGUACAGCGGAGACACUGAACACUAAAUCUGCGUAUCACUCAUCCUACUCUACCCCAACACCGUCAAGCAACAUGUUAAUACACAGGAAACUGUCCAAAACACUAAAUUUGAACACAAAACCUAAUUAACACUCAUUCUACUACACUUGUGGACUAUCCAACAGCAUGUUAGUACACAGGAAACUGUCCAUUAAACAAACACUAAACAGUAGCACAAAAUCCAGCAGUGUGUUAGUACACAUUCAAUGACUUGUCAAACCUAAAAGUUGCACGGCACAGUUCUAUAGCACAGGUAGUAGACCAGAGGACAGUAUCCCCCUAGAAAAACACCCCUACUCACUUACUCAUUCAGUCAUCGC